AUGGCCUUGUCGCCAUCUUUUGCUUCUUCAACGCCAUAUCGCAAUGACCUGGCGACAUCAAAAACUCGUAACAUUGGCAUUAUAGCCCAUAUUGAUGCGGGAAAAACUACAACAACAGAGCGUAUGCUCUACUACAGUGGUUUCACGCGUAGACUAGGAGACGUCGACGAAGGCUCUACCGUGACGGACUUCUUACCUGCAGAACGUGCUAGAGGUAUCACGAUUCAAUCAGCAGCAGUGACUUUUUCCUGGCCACCAGCUGCUUCUUCAGCUACUGAUCUCUCGUCCAACAAAAUCGUUUUGCCACGCUCCACGCAGAGCCAUAACAUCAAUCUGAUAGAUACCCCUGGUCACGCCGAUUUUACUUUCGAGGUCCUUCGUUCUCUGCGUAUCUUGGAUGGUGCUGUUUGCAUCCUCGACGGAGUUGCCGGUGUCGAAGCUCAGACCGAAAAAGUAUGGACUCAAGCAACACAGUAUAAGAUCCCCAAGAUCUUAUUCGUGAAUAAGCUUGAUCGCGAAGGUGCUGCAUUCGCGAGGACCAUAUCAGAAAUAGGCACACGUUUACGUGUUUGGCCAGCAUUGUGUCAGAUUCCGUGGUGGCGGCCUGGUGAUCUCAAGCUUCAGGGCGUUGGCGAUGCCGUCGGUCUUCGUGCUUUGCUGUAUGAGGAAGGUGGCGACGGCAAAACCCUCAAAGUGUUCUCACUCAAGGAUUUGGAAGUCGACAAUUCUGCUUUCGCAGAAGAAAUCAAGAAAGCGAGAACGGCCUUGGUCGAACUGCUCAGUGAACAUGACGAUGAAAUGGUCGAAAAGUUCCUCGAAUACGACGAGGAUCAUCUGGCCAUCCCAUCUGUCGAAAUUACAGAGAGUCUUAGAAGAUGUACUCUGCAGCAACCACAAAAACUUGUACCUGUUUUUUCAGGUGCGAGCUUCCGCAACGUCGGUGUUCAGCCGCUACUAGACGCAGUCGUCGAUCUCCUUCCAUCACCGCAGGAGCGACCUGAUCCAGAAGCUAGUGUCGGUCCUUCCAAGUACGGGUUGAAUGACCUCCUUUCAGGCAAAAGUGCUUUGCCUGCAGCCAUUGAGGCCAAGAAGCAACCCAAAACCAAAGCAUUGGCGGCAAGCAAGAACAUGUCCAUCAUCAAGAGUCUUGAAGCUUGUGCACUAGCCUUCAAAGUUGUCACUGAUCCCCGUCGAGGUGUCCUGGUUUAUGUUCGAGUAUACUCUGGAACGAUCACCAAGAAUGCUCCUCUAUUCAACACGAACCUUGGAGUCACCGAGAAGGCCCCUCGUUUGCUGAGAAUGUACGCUGAUGAGGCUGUCGAGAUCUCUUCGAUUGAGGCAGGUCAGAUUGGAGUAAUUCCUGGGCUGAAGUCCACACGUACAGGUGACACGCUUAUUCUGUACAGUGGUGUCAACCCAAAGGUUGGUCCUCCCUCGCCGAUAAACACUCUUCAAUUAAGACCGAUCGCUGUCCCUCCACCUGUAUUCUUCACGAGUGUAGAGCCGAACAGUUUGGCUGAGGAGAAACGUAUCUCUGAGACCCUGGCACUGUUGCUUAGAGAGGACCCCAGCCUGAAUGUGAGAGAAGAUCCCGAGAGUGGACAGACUCACUUGGCUGGCAUGGGCGAACUUCAUCUGGAAAUCGCUCGCGACAGGCUCAUCAACGAUCUCAAAGCAAAAGCCAGAAUCGGCAAUAUUCAGAUCGGCUACCGCGAGGCCCUCUCCGCUCCUUCUUCGGACGCUUCCGCAAUCUUUGACAGAGAAGUUGCUGGGAAGGCAUCUAAAGCCGGAUGUACUGCUAGCGUAACGCCUUUCGAAGAAUCAAAUUUGGAUACAGCUGACGACCAUACGCAUGUGUUCGCCCUGCUGGAUGACAACUAUUUGAUUCUGAAGACACCUACCCUCUACCCAGAUGGCUCAGCAACGGACUCUGAGCUGCCACCUCUACCCUCUACUUUGCCGAUGCAGAUGCUUCAACAGGCCAUGCAGACUGGUGUUACGGCAGCCCUCGCGCGUGGUCCUUCACAUGGUUACCCUCUCCACUCUACUAAGAUCAUCAUUACCUUUGAUCCUUCCGAACAUCUUUUCCCAACCACAAAUCCUGCUGCUAUCUCUUCUGCGGCUCGUCUUGCAGUACAAAAGGCCCUGCGUGAGGCAGCAGAUGCUGGAUCUGGUACAGCAUUGAUGGAACCCGUCAUGAAUGUCACAAUCACAGUCGACGAACCCAGUCUCGGAAGUGUUGUACACGACAUCAGCUCUGCUAGGGGAGGACAAGUCGUAUCUCUCGGCGCCGACGACGAAACCGGCGCCUCAGAAGAUGAUCUGGAAAUAGACCCUACAAGAAUAUACUCACCACCUGAUCCAUUCGGUGGCUCAGCGUCAAGUAUUGGUGCAGGUUCUGUUAGUGUAGGCAAUCAGAUGCGCCAGAUUGUGGCUAGAGUGCCUCUCAAGGAGAUGGUGGGAUACUUGAAGCAUUUACGCAGUCUGACCCAGGGAAGAGGCACGUUCGUCAUGACUGUUGACCGGUUUGAAAAGAUGAACCCUCAGAGGAUGAAGCUUGCACUUUCUGAGAUGAGUGGCGGUUUCUAG